AAAAAAAAUUGAUUUGAACGGGAUGGAGUGCGCAGCGAAAGGGAGCGGAAAACGGUGCGGCGGUGCCGCCACGCGUCUGUGCACUCGCUGCGAAGCCGUCGCUUAUUGCUCUCUUUCUCACCAGAUUGCACACUGGAGUCGUCACAAACACGAGUGUGAUAGGUUGCAACAACAGAUGAAGAGUGUUGAAGUCCUCAACGAUUUUCCCUUCACUUUCUCUCGCGAAGCCACGUUUCAGGUUUGUGUGAAGCACGAAGGUAGAUGUUCAUUUUUGAGCAACAGAGGUCUUCAUAAAGUGGGAAUGUGGAUGCAUGAAUGCAGUUGUGGGGCGUCAUCUGCUUCAUUUGAUUGUUUAGGUUUUUGCAGUUUAAAUAAUGGUUGGGAUCUCCCAAGUGUUUUAUGUCCAUGUGGGCCAAACUCUCUGGGAUUAGAGCAAUUGCAUAGUUGGAGAGACUACUAUAAGUGGAGAAGCAUCCCACUAGACUCGCCUGUUGCUUUGCUUCUUCAUUGGCCACUUACAAUAUAUCAUGCUGCUCGUCUUGUUGGAAUUACAGCCUUGAAUCCUGAAAUCAAUGAAAAGUUGUACAUACAUUACCUUGGACCUGAGAAAGAGUUGCUACAACUUGUUGUGUUUGGAGAAUUACUGGCACUCUUCCCUGGUUUUCAUGUUCAUAUAGAACUUGUUGGACCUGCAAUUCCUCCUCAAAGGGAUGGUGAGAAAAUUCAAAUUUCAAAGUAUGCUUGUUGCAAUGAAGAUGAGUGUGAGUGCAAAAUAGCAAUUAAAAAUACAUAUCCUGGAACAGAGUCUGGUUCAGCAGUGACAUUGCAGCUUUGGCGAGGAUUAUAUCAUGACCGAUAUAGAGAUAUUGUUAAGGAUUCCUUUCCUCACCUAAUAAUUGCUCCAAAUGGUGGCAUUGCUGCUUAUUCCAGUUGGUUACCAUGUAUUGAGUUAAUUGAAAAGAUUGGCGUCCCAGCUGUUUUUACUGAUUAUUGCGAGGAAGCAUGCCAUCUUGCAGCAAGUUGUAUUAAGACUGUGUCUGACCGUCCUCCUAAAUUGCCAGUUCAGUUAAAUCCUUUCAGGCAGCCCAUAGCCGUGGAAGACAGCGUGCUAUUAUUGCCCUGCUACUCGAAUUGCUUUCNUUUUGGGAUGUAAAAAGUUAACUCAUAAUAUCUUGAUUCUUGAGUCAAUAUCUGCAACAUGUGCUACCCACUACAGUUAUUCUAAAAUUUCCGCUCCGCAUGAUAUACAUCUAGGAUUGACAAGGUCUUAGUUAGAUGGUAGAUUUGAUUUGAAGUAUAGAUACUGAACCACAUAAUUCUCAAUCAAAUUAUAAAAGUUGAACUAUUUCGUGAGAUGUUCCAG